ACGUGACGGGCCGCGGUGUUUUCUCCCUUGUGGUGACCGUUCCCCCGCAGUCGCCAUUUUGUCGGGGGAGAACUGCCGAGCGAGAGCUGCCGCAGCGUCCCCCCCCCCGCCAGUCCGUCCUGCUCUCACACGAUGCCGGGUGCGGGGCCCCGGGUGUCCUCAGUCAGCAUCCGCUAAGUCUCCCGCACCCACGGCCGAGAGUCCCGCCAGCUCCCCUCAUCGCCGCAGCCUGACAGACAAGAUGUCGGGGGUCGAGGCCCGUGAAGACGCGUGUCGGGAUUACCAGUCGUCCCUGGAGGACCUGACGUUCAACAGCAAGCCCCACAUCAACAUGCUGACCAUCCUGGCCGAGGAGAACGUGCAGUUCGCCAGGGACAUCGUCACUCUUAUCGAAGCUCAGAUCGCCAAGGGGCCUAGCACUGAGAAGCUUCCAGUCAUGUACCUCAUGGAUUCCAUUGUUAAAAAUGUCGGAAGAGACUAUCUUGCAGCGUUUGCUAAAAACAUAGUUUCCACGUUUAUAAAUGUGUUUGAAAAGGUGGAUGAGAACACAAGGAAAAGUUUGUAUAAAUUACGUUCGACGUGGGAUGAGCUUUUCCCUCAAAAGAAAUUAUAUGCACUUGAUGUGAGGGUCAACCAAGUAGACCCAGCAUGGCCUGUCAAACCUUUACCCCCAAAUGUGAAUACAGCUAGCAUCCAUGUGAAUCCUAAAUUCCUAAACAAACCGGAGGAAGCCCCUGCAUCUCCCGUUCCGGUGCCAAAACCUGUUCCUCGCGUACCACCUGUUCCUGCUGAGGUACAGAAGCCACUUGUGUCACAGGAGCAGAUGAUAAGGCAGCAAUUGCUGGUGAAGCAAAAACAGUUAUUGGAACUUCAGCAAAAGAAGCUGGAGUUAGAAUUGGAGCAAACAAAGGCUCAGCUGGCGAGCAGUAUUUCAUCUUCAGUUCCUGCAAAGCCUCCUGUUGCUCCAGAAAUUCCACAUGCGCCAACUAAGGCUCCACAGCCUACCUCUACACAUCCUGAGAAGAAUAAGACGUCUGUACCCUCUCAGCAUCACAUCAAGCCUCAAGUGCCAACCAGAGACCCUCGACUUAACCGAGGGACUCCACAUUCAACGCAUUCUAAAGACCAGUCUCAUAAAAAAGAGAUCAAGAACAGCACGUUAAUUGCACCAGACUCUAAGCCUUUGAAACCUGCACCAAACGACAGAGUAAGUUCGUCGUCUAAACAAGAAAAGACAAAGUCAAGUGAAAAAGCACCUAAAAAAGAAUCUCUGCACACAGAGCUAAAAUCAAAGUCUCCCUCACCUCUGAAAGCGAAGUUCCCAAAGGAUAGUAAGUCCCAAGGUGCUGAUGGCCCAAGAGAUGCAGAUUUAAGUAGAAGAGAUCCAAGGUUACGCAAACACCUCCGUGACAAAACUGAUGACAAACCUGAGGAAAUAAAGGAGAAAAGAAAAAGUACAGAGAAAAGGGAGGAUCACAAAUCCACGGAACAUCGACCGUCUGCAAACAGAAAUAAGCUGGCUAAUGGAGUGGUGCUGAAAACGGACUCCGGCGUGAAUGAUGGUGAUAAACAAGUUAAUAAACUGGGGAGAAUCCCUAAUCGAAAGAGGUCACGAUCUCGCUCUCCAAAGUCUCGAUCACCAGUACACUCGCCCAAGAGGAGAGAGAGGCGGUCAUCACCAAAGAGAAGGCUGAGAAGCUUGUCUCCCAUUCCCCCUCUUCCUCCUCCUACUCCUCUCAUGAAAAUAGGCAAGUUGCGUCCUCCUGGAGGUAAACAGUCUCAUGCAGGUGACUUUCCAGCAAGUACACGUGAUGACCGGAGUAAGAGAAGUCUUAAGACUGAUGUCCGAGACAAUAGACGACAAAAGAAAACGUCAGAGGAGAGACAGCAGGACUCUGCACUUCAUAUAUCUGCCAAGUCCAGUCUAGAACCGAAAGAGAAUGUGGAAAACUGGCAAGGAUCUAAACCCAGCAAAAGGUGGCAGCCUGGGUGGGAAGAAAACAAAACCCUACAAAAUGACCACCAUCAAAGCACAAGAACUCCACAUCUAAGGCGUCGGGACAGUUGGCCUAAUAACAAGGGCAUUCUAUCUCCUCGAACACCAAAGCAACAGCCGUGGUUAAGCGUUGAUGCUGACCUAAAGAUCCCUAAGGAGUUAACUAGUGCAAGCAAGGGAGAAUUGCUUGAAAAGGCCAAUGAGCGAUUGGCGUCUGGGGAAAUUUCACAGGAAGAAUUCCUUGUUGUGGCUCAUCAAAUUCGGCAACUCUUUCAGUAUCAAGAAGAAAAACUCCGGUGCAGUGUGUGGGACAGUCCCACGGAGGAUGUCAAAGGAGGGCUGCAAAAGAAACCCCUUCUUUCCAAUGCUGAAUUGAAUUACUACCAGCAUAAAGCCAAGCUGAGAAGAACACAGGUUCAACAUAACUUCUUAGAGCAAGGAUUCAUGGAUAUGGAUGUGGAGGAUAUGAUUCUUGGUUGUAAUGACGUUGAGCACGAUGGUAGAAGACCAUGCAAUUUAUCUGAAAGUAGUGAUCUGUUUCCAGACGGCGUCCGACGUCCUUCUCCGGUGUUGGGAGCAAGAUCUCACGAGGAUGACCUCGGCCAUGAAAGUCACAGAAGAUCAGAUGAUUUGAGAGAACUAUCUACACUUGGUUUAAGAGAAGAGCAGAGACCCUCCUGCAAUGAACGAUAUUCUCACAAAAGAUCUAGAUACAAUGAUUCUGAGCAGGCCACUUUUGUAGACAAUACACCAUUAGGAAAAGAGAACUUACAGCAUGGUAGUUUGCUUGAGGAACGCAGACCGCUGCUCGAUGUCCCAACGCACUUACCUGGUAAUCGAGGAGAUGGCCAUGGUGGUAAGGUAUUUGAAGAGUCCUCCACCGUUUUGAAUGUUAGAGAAAGUUCUCCUGCACAACCAUGCUCCCUGUUUGAUGGUGCACCAGUUAAUCAAGUUGGAGGUCAGCACUUUGACACCUUAAAAGGACAGCCAGUGGAUACCCAUUUUGAUGCUGUGGCGGGUAACUUGGCUGAUGCUACCAGGUUUGAAAAUAUUGGACAACCGGUCAAUUUACAGAGUCACACUAUGCAUAGGUUUGAAGGAGUGCCAAAUCAAAUGAUUACUAAUAUGCCAAUGAACACUCAAAGAAUAGAGGGUCCUCAAGGUAAUCUUUUAGGUCCACAGAGAUUUGAUGGUGCUCCUGGCCAACAGUUGGGUCCACCACGCUUUGAGGGUGUGCAACCAUUGGACCCUCAGAGGUUUGAAGGUGGCCUAGGACCAAAAAGGUUUGAUACUGGACUGCAAAAUUUUGAUGGGCAUCAAAGAUUUGAAGGAGGCUCAGGUCCCCAAAGGUUUGAAGGAACUCAAAGAUUUGACAGUGGCUUAGGGCCCCAAAGAUUUGAAGGUCCACAAAGGUUUGAAGGUAGUUCAGGGUCUCAAAGAUUUGAUCAACAAAGAUUUGAAGGCUCACCCAGGCCACCAUUACUGCAACAAAGGUUUGAAGGAGGACCGUGCCCACCCAUUAGAUUUGAACAACCAAUGGGGCAGCCAAUUAGAUUUGAUGCUGUUGCUGUUAAACCUAUGGGCCCAAUGAGGUUUGAUGGACCACACAAUCCAAGGUUUGAUGGGCCUCCUGGUCCAAGGUUUGAGGGUCCUCUCGGUCCAAGGUAUGAUGGACCUCCGGGCCCGAGGUUUGAUGGUCCGAGAUUCGAUGGACCGCAUGGUCCAAGAUUUGACGGUCCCCAUGGCCCAAGAUUUGAUGCAAAUCAACCUCCACGGUUUGAUCAUAGAUCUAAUACGCAAGCUUUAAUGAGGUUUGAUGGACCGAUGGGGCAAGGUGGACCCAGAUUUGAAAAUGCACCAGUUAACAGAUUUGAAAGCCAAGCACCUAUCUUACCAAGAUUUGAUGGUCUAACUGGACAGCCUUCUCAAAGAUUUGAUGGCCCUCCUGGACACCAGACACCUCCAAGAUUUGAUGCACCAAUGCAAAUACAGCCACGGUUUGAUGGACCUAUACCACAAAGGUUUGAUGGCCCCAAUCAGCAGCCACGGUUUGAGAGGCCUGUUGGACACCAAGGACCACGAUUUGAUAAUGUAAAUCAUCCGCCCAUUGGACAAAAUGCUCCACCAUACUCACAAACUGGUCCAUUUGUUGACCCUCAGAACAUAUUUCCUGGGCAACCACAAGGUAUGCAAUUUCAAAGACCAGAUCAAAGAUUUGACAUGCCACAAGGGCCAGGGUUUGCUGGGCCUCCUGCACCUGGAGUGCAGUGCUUCCCCAACCAACUUCCUAGGCCAUCUGCACCUUAUUUUGAGGAUAAAAAUCAACAAGGACCUCCAUUUGGAAACUUCAACAUGCCUGGAAAUAUGCAAUCAAACCCACCAUUCCUGCCUAUUGGUGGUGUUUCCCAACAAGCUCCGUUUAAUCAGGAACCAUUAAUAUCCUCAGCACAAGCACCUAAUACUGGAGUAUUUGUUAAUCACCAACCAGGUGCUUCGUUUCCUAAUCCUGAAAAUCACUUGGGUCAGCUGGAUGUUAAUGAAUUGUUCUCAAAACUGCUUUCCACGGGAAUUCUCAAAGUGUCACAGGCUGAAACUUCUUCCUCUCAAUCAACCGAAAACUCUACAAAGCCUGCACCGGAGGAGGAAGAAGAGGAGGAGGCAGUGGAGGAGGAGGAGGAGGAAGAAGAAGAUCCCACAGAGGAUCAAGAUGUUCCUGACUUAACUGGCUUCGCUAUGGAUGUUCUCAAACAGCGUUACGACAGUGUUAUAAACCGGUUAUACACUGGCAUCCAGUGCUAUUCAUGUGGCAUGAGGUUUACCAAAUCUCAGACUGAUGUAUAUGCUGACCAUUUGGAUUGGCAUUAUCGGCAAAACCGAACUGAAAAGGAUGUCAGUAGAAAAAUAACCCACCGGAGGUGGUACUAUAGCUUGAGGGAUUGGAUAGAAUUUGAAGAAAUUGCAGACUUGGAAGAAAGGGCUAAGAGUCAGUUCUUUGAGAGAGUACAUGAGGAGGUCAUACUAAAAACUCAGGAGGCUGCGAAGGAGAAGGAAUUUCAGAGUGUGCAAGCUGGUCCUGCCGGAGCCGACGAGAUCUGUGAGAUUUGCCAGGAGCAGUUUGAACAGUAUUGGGAUGAGGAAGAGGAGGAAUGGCAUCUAAAGAACGCCAUGCGUGUAAACGACAAGAUUUACCAUCCUUCAUGCUUUGAAGAUUAUAAAAAUACGUCCUCCUUUUUAGACAUCACACCAUCCCCUAGUAAAACACUCCUAGAAAACCCACUGAGUGCAAUGUUAAACCUGGUUAAGGAGGAGGUGGUAGACCCUCCCGAUGCCGCAGUUAAAGUAAAGGAGGAGCCGACUGAUUUUGCCGCCACAAGUUGUGGUGACAGCAUACCUUUGUUAACGGAGAUCAAACCAGAGCCCGCCGAACCCGUGUAACUUCUCCAGUGCUGCCGUAACAGUUAACGUCUGCAAAGGCUAAGGAACUGUCUCCGACCUGUAACCUGGGCAGGGUCCGUGGUUGCAGUUAUGGUUACUGAAUACAUUUUUGUAUUUGAAUUUUCUUAUGUCUGCACAGUUUAAUGUGUAAACCUUCUGUAGAUGUGUGCAGAGAAAGAGGUGUUGUAAAAAUUUUCACUUGACUGUAAAUUAUAAAUAAAAAUAUUUUUGCUAUA